UUUUUUUUUAGCCUUAAAAUUUUGGGAGGGCGGUUAGAAAAUUGUCAAAUUCGCCAAAAAAUGCAAUCGAUGAAGAAGUUUCUUCUUGCAAAACCACUGAGGUUUUAUAGUUCUUACACUUAUCAAGCAACAAAUGAACCGAUUCUCUCAUACGAAAAAGGUACCAAAGAAAGGGAUUCCCUGAUUGAAAAGCUGAAAAAUUAUAACUCAGGAAUUCAUGAAGUUCCAAUUGUUGUUGGGGACAAAGAAUACACUACCGACAUUGUUAAAUAUCAAGUUAAACCUCAUGAUCACAAAAGUAGGCUGGCCAAAUUCUACUAUGCUGAUAAGGCACUGUUAAACAAAGCAAUAGAUGUGAGUCAGUGUGCAUUGCGGGGAUGGGACUUGACACCAUUUGAAGAGAAAGCCAAUAUUUUUGCCAAAGCUGUUGACCUAAUUCGAGGAAAAUAUAGGUUUGACCUCGUGGCGAGUACAAUGUUGGGUCAGGGUAAGACCAUUGUGCAAGCUGAGAUCGAUGCAGCAUGCGAAUUGGCCGAUUUUUUUUCGUUCAAUGUUAAGUGGGCUAAUGAGGCCAGACAGUGGCAGCCAAUCAGCGCCGGAAAAGCCGUCAACAGAUUAGAAUGGAGAGCCAUGGAGGGUUUCUGGGCUUCCAUAUCUCCUUUCAACUUUACUGCCAUUGGUGGUCAUUUAGCUGGAGCGCCAGCUUUUAUGGGCAACGUGGUGCUAUGGAAGCCAUCAGACACAGCCAUCCUGUCGAAUUACAUCGUCUUCAAAUUGUUGAGGGAGGCGGGCCUGCCACCUGGCGUCAUCAAUUUCGUCCCCUCCGAUGGCCCAGUUUUCGGUGACGUCAUAACUCGAUCACCCUUUUUGGCCGGCGUCAAUUUUACCGGAAGUUCAAGAACCUUCGAAGCGAUAUGGAGAAACGUGGGUGACAACAUAUCCACCUACAAAUCAUUCCCCAGACUCAUUGGAGAAUGUGGUGGCAAAAACUACCAUCUGAUCCACCGUUCGGCCGUGCAGAGCCAGGAAUGCCUGGAGCACAUAGUGAACAGCACCAUCAGAUCCGCAUUUGAAUACUCCGGCCAGAAAUGUUCAGCCUGUUCUCGUUGCUACGUCCCGAAAUCUCUGUGGCCGAGGUUCAGAGAUGGAUUGGUGGAUGUCGUGAGUGGGCUGAGGUUGGGCUCGCCCCUGGAUGUUGGCAACUUUCUGUCCGCUGUCAUUGAUGGGAAUUCUUACAAGAAGAUUAGGAACUACAUUGAUCAGGCUAAGAAAGAUGGCAAUCUGAAGAUCGUCUGCGGCGGAGGCUACGAUGAAAGCAUUGGAUAUUACAUACAGCCAACCAUAAUCGAGACGACUGACCCGAAAAAUUUACUGAUGUAUGAGGAGAUAUUCGGUCCAGUCCUGACUGUGUACGCCUACGAGGACGACGAGUACGAUGACAUCCUGAAACUCAUCGAUUCAACGUCACAGUACGCUCUGACUGGAGCUGUCUUCAUUGCUGAUCAAGAAAUUCUUUUGAAAAGCCAGCGAGCCCUGAGGUAUAGCGCUGGAAACUUCUACAUCAACGACAAAUCAACAGGUUCAAUCGUAGCUCAGCAGCCCUUUGGUGGGUCCCGUAAAUCAGGAACCAAUGACAAAGCAGGUAGCCCUCAAUACAUCAUGAGAUUCGUCAAUCCACAAUCCAUCAAGAGCCAAUCAGAGUUGAGCACGCGUGUUGAUUAUGAUUACAUGAAGGAUCCUUUGGAGUUCUGAAAAAAUAAAAAUUAGAUGAAUGAGUGAAUAAAUGAAUGAUGAUCGAUUGUUUCAUUUAUUCGUUUGUUCAUUCAUUCAUUCACUUUUCAAAUAAUAAUAUUUUUUAUAAUUAUUGCCUUUAUUAUUUUAGUAACUUUUUCAUGAUUCGAACAUCAUGUGACACUUGAAUACUAUCAUUCUUACAUUCAUUCCUAAUUAUAAUUGAGUUUGUUUUGUGAAUAUUGUUUAAGAUGAAAGAAAGAGUGAAUGAAUGAGUGAGUGAAUGAAUGGAUGAACAAAUGAAUGAAUGACAACACUGUUGAUCUGUUAAUGUUUGAAUUAACUUACGAACUAAUUAGCCAAAUAGUAUUCACUUGAAUUUUACAUUUGUAUAAUAUUAGAUUGAGAUUGCAUUUGUAUAGCGCAUAAUUUCAUAGUUUUAUCGAUACACACACACACACACACACACACAAACACUUGCAUGCACACAUACAUAAACAUAUUUAUGCAUACGUUUCCACAUCAAAAUAUUUUUAUACUUAUAUACACACCAUCGAUAUUAUUUUAACUACUUUCAUAUGUUAUUUGUUUAAAAAUUCUAUAUAUUCAACAUAUUUAAUCAUUUGAGAUUCACGUUGACUUAUUUUUUAUAUUCAUUUUAAAAAGCAUAUUUCAUUUUAUUCUGUGAUUUAUUCGUUAUUUACUCAGAGAGAGAGAGAGAGAGAGAGAGAGAGAGAGAGAGAGAGAGAGAGAAACUCAGAAAUGAAAUAUAGACAUCAUACAUUCAAUCUUUGUAAUCUUAUUUGGAUCUUGUGCCCUCAUAGAUGCAGACAUUUUGAAAUAAUACAGAACUGACAUGCCAUAUCAUAUAUUUAUAUGUGUGAAUGUAUGUAUGCAUGCAUGCAUGUAUUUGUGAAUGCAUAUUUGCAUGUAUGUGUGGCUAUGUAUGUUGUAUGUGGCUAAGUAUUUGUGGCUAAGUAUUGGAGGCGUGUAUGAAUUUUAUCUAACUCCUCAUAAACCAGCAAAAAUGUUAAGUGUUAGAGAUUGAAUGGAUGACACUUAGAAGGAAAUGAAAUUAGGUUAUCA